AUGGAAAAGCGAAAGCGCAAUGAUAAGCAAACUACUUUGGCAAAGUCGAGGAAGCGGCACCGGUCGAACGACAAAACAAGCGAUUUUCCAGCUAAGGAGCCUACGAGCGGCGGGCAGCAUGUGCGACUCGAUAAGCUACACUGGAAAGACGUGGAAAUACCUGACCGCAUGGAUGACUAUGAGGGAUUCUUCGGACUCGAAGAGAUUGAUGAUAUUGAAGUUGUUAAAGCCGACAAUGGGUUGGUGUCGUUCCGAGAUAUGAAGCCGGAAAGCAGAGCAGAGCAAGCAAAGGACGCUGGAGACAGAUCUGAUUCAACCAAGGAACAGUCAAACGAUGCGCAAGAGAUCGAUGAAGAAUGGGAAGGCUUUAGUGACGAGUCCCGUGCCUCGUCAGUCACGGAAAGGAAGACAGAGUCUGACUCGCCUCAACAGGCGCCAGAAAGGAGUCCUGAGGAGAACGAUGAGCACUCUGCGGAGGCCACUGACAUGAAGACGACAGAGGAAAAGAGAUCUAAAAAAGAAAAGGGCAUAGCAAAGAAGGGUGGUAAAGUGGUAAAGUUGAAAAGUAGUCGUACAAAUCAAGAAGCCUCCGAAUUUGCAGGCCUCGAAGACGAAGCUCUAGAGGAUGAGGAAGCUGACGUCUCCGCCUGGUUCCCUCUCGAUUUGUCGGCAGAGACAAUGCUUUCUCUCUCAAAACUCAAAUUUAUUCGUCCAACACCUAUUCAAACCAGUUCGAUUCCCGAAAUCAUGGCUGGGCACGAUGUCAUAGGCAAAGCUUCGACUGGCUCAGGAAAAACACUGGCUUUUGGCAUUCCAAUACUAGAACAUUUUCUGAGUAAUAACAAAGAUGCCACUAGGAAGACAAAAGAUUCAAAAGCAAGCCCUUUGGCUUUGAUACUUUCCCCGACUCGUGAAUUAGCUCAUCAGAUCUCUACACAUAUGAAGAAUCUUGUGUCUGCAGCAAACCUCGAUCGACCGUCCAUCGUCACUCUCACAGGCGGAUUGUCUAUUCAAAAGCAACAGCGCGUUCUAGAGUAUGCAGACAUACUCAUCGGCACACCGGGUCGAGUUUGGGAGAUCAUCAGCAAAGGCCACGGCACCGUCGAAUGGUUCAAGAAGAUACAUUUCCUCGUCGUCGACGAAGCCGAUCGCCUCCUCAGCGAAGGCCACUUCAAGGAAGUUGAAGAAAUCAUGGAUCUCCUCGACGCCAAAGACACCGAUGAAUACGAUAACGUCCUGGAAAACCAGUCCGGCACCCGCCAAACCCUCGUUUUCUCCGCAACCUUCCACAAAGGCCUGCAACAAAAGCUUACUGGCAAGACGAAGGCCAGCGGUGAUAUUCUCUCUCAAACGGAAUCCAUGCAAUACCUCCUAAAAAAACUCAACUUCCGUGAAGAGAAACCUAAAUUCGUCGAUGUGAACCCAGUCCAUCAAAUGGCCGCAAAGCUGCGCGAGGGCAUGGUCGAAUGCGGCGCCACUGAAAAAGACCUUUAUCUGUAUGCACUCCUGCUCUAUCACCCACAAAAACGUACUCUUGUCUUCACCAAUUCCAUCUCUGCUGUCCGCCGCGUCACGCCUCUGCUCCAAAAUCUCAACCUUCCCGCGCUCGCCCUACAUUCCGGCAUGGAGCAGAAGGCCCGCCUGCGCUCUAUCGAACGCUUUACACAACGCGAAGGCUCCAUCCUCGUCGCCACGGACGUCGCUGCUCGUGGCCUCGACAUUUCCGGCGUGCAGCUCAUCCUUCACUAUCACCUUCCGCGUGCCGCAGACAUGUACGUGCAUCGGUCCGGACGUACGGCGCGCGGGUCGUCCAGUGGCGCCAGCAUCCUGAUCUGCGCGCCGGAAGAAGUGCAGGGCGUGCGCCGGCUCGUUGCAAAGGUGCACGCGCGCGCAGGCUCGGCCGCCGACGCGAAGAAGAGCGGCUACUACAUGCGCAGUCUGAAUAUCGAUCGUCGUAUCGUAUCGCGCCUCAAGCCUCGCGUCACUCUUGCGAAAAAACUUGCUGAUACAACGAUCGCCAAGGAGAAGAAGACGAGCGAGAGCAACUGGAUGAAGGAGGCUGCGGAGGAGCUGGGCGUCGACUAUGAUAGUGAAGAGUUUGAUAAGAAGGCAACUGGGAGGCAGGGGCGCGGGAAUAAGAGACGACAGAAGGAGCGUGAGGCGAGUCAGAUGUCACGCGAGGCGGCGCAGGCUGUCAAGGCGGAACUGAAGGGACUGCUGGCACAGAGAGUGAAUGUAGGCGUGAGCGAGAAGUAUCUGACAGGGGGUAGGGUGGAUGUGCAGGCGCUGUUGAAGGCAGAGAAGGGGGAGUUCUUAGGGCAUGUUGAGGGUCUGGGUUUUGAUGAAGAGUGA